UACGGCCAUGUCCACCUGGAGCGCAAUGAAGACGCGCAUCACCGCCUCGGUGCGGACCACCAAUCGAAUGAAUGCGCUGCUCUCCGAGUCCAUGUUGAGUCGACGGCGAGCGCUGCAGAGCGCCGACCAAAGCGAAGGCGGUGGGGCUGGCGGUGGAGGUGGCGAGGGCGGCGAGCGUAAGGAGAAGCCCAAAAAUGAUUGGAAAUUCUUUCACACCAAUUUCAAUAUGGAACGUGCCCAUAAAAUUAUUGAGGAUUGCAUUGAGGAGCGUUUGCUGUGGGAUCGAUUCAGUCGCAACUUCGAUUCGUGGCGUGCGCUGCAGCUGGUCGAGAGUCUCGCCGCUGAGAUACGGGAUCGGGUCAAGAAGCUAAACCACAGACGCCAUCGCAUUGUGUGCCUGCUGUCGAUUGUGGAGAAACAGAAUCAGGGCAUCUAUCAGCGUAUGUGCCAUCUGAUGGAUGAGAAGCGGGAUAAUUUUACGCAACUGGUUUACGAGCGACCCACCUACUUCAUGAUUGCUGUCUUGUAUCUAGUCUAUCAGGACUAAAUGCCAGUGAAAGUUCUAAAAGCGAAAAUUCAAAAAGCUUUAGCCAG